GACUCCGUGCUUCAGGAUCUUUGGUCAUGGACGGUCAUGGGCCGUUUCUUGUUUGGCCAUUGCAAGAAAUGACACGUUUCGACUGGACCGGUUUAGAUGCGGUUGUCUUGUUUCUGAGCCAGGACUAGGUUCACUAUGGCAGGGACAUGCUUCAUGCCGACCGAGCACCUAUCCAUUUGUGGCUUUGCGCGCUUUCCGCGCCUUUUUGGCUCAGCAUUUUGCAAUUUCAGGUACAAAGAAGUGCCAUAGACUUGUUCCGCCGGUUUGCGCGGUUGUUCCUGUCCUGUGCAUAGUGUCACAGACAAUCACUCAUGAGGGCUCCAAUGGAACGCGUCCUGAUCGCUGCUGCAGUGGGUGCAGCGGCCCUGUUCCCGAGCGCCGCCUUGUUCGCGGUGCCCCGCGUUCCCUUGGAGCAGCCCUCCUUCAGCCGCGCCCAAGGUGGGUCUCCACCCCUUUCCGUGGCGCUGGGCAGCGUGUCGCUGAGCCUGGCAGUGGCCUUCGCAGCAGUUCGACCCCUUUCCAGAAGGAUGGCUGGAUCGACUCUUGCCGCCACCAAGCUCAGGUCGCGCGCCACGCGCGUGGCGUGCCGUGCCAUGUUCGAGCGCUUCUCCCCUGGGUCCAUGAAGGCGGUGAUGCUCGCGCAAGGGGAAUCACGGAACCUGGGCCACGAUUACGUGGGCGCCGAGAUGCUGGUGGUGGGCAUUCUGGCCGAGGGCAAUGAGCGGGGCAGCCGUGCCUUGGAGGCUGCCGGCAUCAAGCUGCAGGAGGCCAAGGCAAAGCUGCGUGAGAUGGUGGGCACCGGCGGUGGUGGCAAGGAGAACGCGGAGAUCCCCUUGACGCAGGAAGCCAUGAAGGUCCUCGAAGAGGCCGGGGACAUGUCCAAGCGUGAGGAUUGCGCCAUGGUCGGAUCGGAGCACAUCCUCAGGGCGAUCAUGUCACAGGACGAGAGCCUCGGUACCAAGCUCAUUGGGCACAUGCUUGGCUGCCGGAGUCCCGAAGAAACGCGCGAGAAGGUCCUUCCCAAGAUCAAUGAGGCAUCCAACGAUGUGUCGGGCACUGUGUCGGUGACCGCAGCCGGGGAGGCUUCGGGCGAGAUGAAACUCACAGAGACCAUGAAGUACGCGGAGGACCUGACCAGUGCCGCGGAAGAGGGAAGCCUGGACCCGCUGGUGGGCCGCGACGUGCAGCUGGAGCGUACCAUCCGCAUUCUGGGCAGGAGGUCCAAGAACAACCCGGUCUACGUGGGCGAGGCGGGGGUGGGCAAGACCUCCAUCGCCUGUGGCCUGGCGCAGCGCAUCGUGCAGGGGCGGGUGCCCCCUACGCUGCGGGACAAGCGAGUGCUGUCCCUGGACCUGGCACUGCUGCUGGCAGGCACCAGGUACCGGGGCGACUUUGAGGAGCGGCUCCGGGCAGUGGUCAAGGAAGUGUCCGAGAGCAAUCGCCGGGUCAUCCUGGUCAUCGAUGAGGUGCACACUCUGGUGGGCGCUGGCAGCAGCGGAGGCGAGGGCGGCGGCAUGGACGCGGCCAACCUCCUGAAGCCCGCGCUGGCCAGGGGCCUGUUGCAGUGCAUCGGCGCCACUACCCUGGAUGAGUACCGGCAAUACAUCGAGAAGGACCCCGCGCUGGAGCGCCGCUUCCAGCCGAUAAUGGUGCCUGAGCCGACGGAGGAGGAGUCCGAGCAGAUCCUGCAGGGCUUGGCCCCUCGCUAUGAGCGCCACCACCAGCUGAGGUACGAGCCCGAAGCCAUCCGAGCCUCCGUGCGUCUGGCCUCGCAGUACAUCAACGACCGAUUCCUGCCGGACAAGGCCAUCGACGUGAUGGAUGAGGCUGGCGCCAAAGUUCGCCAGCAGCUCUUCCAGGAGGAGGAGAUGGCGGAGGACAUGGCCGAGCGGCGGAAGCUCGAGAGGGAGCUCCAGAGCCUCAAGGAGAAGAAGAGCCUGGCGGUGGCCAACGAGGAGUUCACCGAGGCCCAGGCGCUGAAGCUGCGCCAGGAGGAGCUGAACACGCGGCUCAGCAGCCUGGUGGGGAAGAUGGAGAAGAACUCCCCCGCCGGCACAGGCGACCAGCAGGAGAAGCUGCGGCUGCUGAGGGCCCGGGUGGAGGAGGCCGUGGCCGCGGAGCGCUUCGACGAGGCCUCAGAGCUCAAGGCCAAGGAACGAGAGGUGCUCGGCGCCAAAGCGGAGGAGGUCUGGGUGACCGAGGCGGACGUGGCCCAGGUGGUGUCCGGCUGGACCGGCAUCGCCGUGGAGCAGGUGUCAGCCACUGAGUCCGCCCGGCUGCUGCAGCUGGAGUCCAAGCUCGGGCAGAGCGUGAUCGGACAGCAGGACGCCGUGAGCAGCGUGUCGCGGGCCCUGCGCCGGGCGAGAGCGGGCCUGCGGAAUCCGGGCCGGCCCAUCGCCGCCUUCAUGUUCUGCGGCCCCACGGGGGUGGGCAAGACAGAGCUGUGCAAGAAGCUGUCCUCCAGCUUCUUCGGGUCCGCGGAGGCGAUGAUCCGGCUGGACAUGAGCGAGUUCAUGGAGAAGCACACGGUCUCCAAGCUCCUGGGGGCCCCUCCCGGGUACGUGGGCUACGGCGAGGGCGGCACCCUCACAGAAGCUGUCCGCCGUCGUCCCUACUCCCUGGUGCUCUUCGACGAGGUGGAGAAGGCGCACCCUGACGUCUUCAACACUCUGCUGCAGCUGCUGGAUGAUGGCCGCCUCACCGACUCUAAGGGCCGUGUGGUGUCCUUCAGCAACACGCUGGUGGUGAUGACCUCCAACCUCGGGAGCCGAAGCGUGCAGAAGGGCGCAGGCGGCGGCCUGGGCCUGGGCUUCGGCACCGAGGAGGACAGCUCCGAGAGGAGCUACAACGCCAUCAGGGAGGCGGUGCAUGAGGAGAUGAAGAGCUUCUUCCGCCCAGAAUUCCUGAACCGCCUGGACGAGAUUUGUGUCUUCAGGCCGCUCACCAAGGCGAUGAUGCUGUCGCCCAAGAUCAAGGCGGUGCCCCAGAAGCGGCCGCCAGAGCCGAGCGGCCCUGGUGAGAAGCGGAGGUCUGCAAGGAUCGAGGCGCCCUUCAUGACUAUCGGCUUCGUUGGAGGUGACCUGGCUUCCUGGGUCCAAGACCCGCAGCCGCUCAUUGAGAGCAUCUUCGACACAGUGGAGUCGGCCCUUGUGCUCUGA